AUGUCAAGUAGAAAGCUACAAAAGGAGGUUGAAACAGUCUUCAAAAAGAUCCAUGAAGGACUAGAUCUCUUCAACUAUUACUUCCAGCGACAUGAGUCAUCCAAUAACGACUCCCAACGAGAAAAGCUAGAAGCGGACUUGAAGAAGGAAAUAAAGAAGCUUCAAAAGUUUCGAGAUCAAAUCAAGACAUGGCAAGGUAACGACUCUCUAGAAGCAACGAUUGCUCCUCAAAAGCUACAAGAUCAUCGUCGUCUUGUAGAAGAAGCAAUGGAGUGCUAUAAGGAAGUCGAGAAGAACUCCAAAAUGAAAUCCUAUUCCAACCAGUCCAUCAUGCUUGCCGCCCUAGACAAUGCAGAACAGGAGCUAACUCCAGAGGGAAGGGAGGCGGCAAAGUUCCUCAGAGAAGUUGAGGAGGAGCUUAAUGAUCAGAAUGAGAAGCUAGAUGAGGAAUAUGAGAAGCUCUCACAAAAAAAGGUCAGGAAGAACAAUCUGCUGGCCAUCGAAGAAAGAAAGCUGGAACUUGAAGGCUUCAAGUCAAAGAACGAAUUUCAUCUUGAAAAGAUCGAAGGUCUUCUAGGGUUCCUCACUUCCGGAAAGAUAGCGGCCGAACUGAUCUUAGCUAUUCAAGAUGACUUGAACUUUUAUGUGGAAUCGAACCAGGAGCCAGAUUUCAUGGAUGAUGAGACAGUUUACGAUGAACUCUAUAAGGAAGCCAGAGAGAACCACGAGAACAACAUUAAUGUCAACGGUACAGUUGAAGAGUCGUUCGACUUGAGCCUAUCGAACGGCCAUGACAGCAACGAGAGUGAAACGAUAGGGAACGCAGACCUGUCAAUACUAAGCAGUGUAAAGCGAAAAUCAACUUCGUCGGCAUCUCCCGCUCCUGAAAGCACACCAUUGACAUCUCAACAAUCGCUGGAUACUUCGAAAGCAGAAAAAUCCCUGUCAACACCCAAAUCCAAGCAUAUUUCCCAAGCGGGCAAGAACGAGAAUAAUGAAUCUUCCAGUCCAGCGUUUAUCACUACCCUCAAACCCGCUUCGACCCCUUCUAAACCGGUUGGUGCUUUGAAAUGGUCAUUAGCUGCAGCUGGCGCUUCUAAAUCGUCCGAGAGCCCUAGUUCUUCAAAGCAAGCCAGCCCCGAGAAGACCGAAGUUGAAGCUGUUUCUGGAAAUCUGAAACCUAAAGUUGAAGCAACUCAAAGCAAGCCAACGAGUGCUCCCGGUCAUGAUGAGAGUAACGCAUCUGCUGAGUUGUUAUCGCUCCUAACAAAGAACGAUGAGUAUAGUGCUUACCUUGAAGUAUUGAAGAACGCAGGCUUACUGCCUGUUGAAUUGGACACUUUUGGAGAUGUGAAUCUAUUACGAGCACCAAGCGGUAUUCAAGACUUGGUGGCCAGCUUCGCUGCUAGCAAUCACGCUGACAAUUCUUCCAAACUUUUGAAGAAACAAACUCAGUAUGAGCCAUUAACUUCGAGCCCGUUUGACAAGCCUUACCAGUUUGCAGGUCUAUAUCCAUCCGCAGAGGUGCAGAGUAUCAAGGCACCUUUAUUCUUGAGCAAGCUUCAAAAUCAAUGGGGCCGUAUAAGAGCACUCAAUUACUUUGAGAAAUACGCCCUGGAGAUUGAAUCUCUUGAGAUCCAAAGGACGCCGGAAAGCACGCCAAUCGUCAACGAAAUGACCAUGGUCCUCUUCUAUGGUUAUUAUUAUGGAUACUUACCAUUGGAAAACGUUGUGGCUGAAUCUCUCUUGCACAGACUUGGUUGGAGGCCGUAUGGCAUGGCCCCAGGGGACAUUUCGCCAUCCACGCACACGAAACAGCUUCAAUACUGGUUCAAGCUCAUAAACAAUGAGUCAUUUGCUGGAAAAGAAGCCGGUAUUCCAGAAGCUGGUGACUUCCGUGUCUUUGACGUGAGUCUGUGGGAAGUAUAUGUCAAGUAUGGGUUCAGGUAUGAUCCUCGCUUGAGCCGGCCUCGCCCUGCUAGCAGCUUGCUUUAG